AUGCGUUUACCGCGGACCCGUUUCGUGAUCACUCUGCUGAUGAUAUCCGAAGCAUCAGCUCUACUUCCGUACAGCUUGCCUUAUCUCACGCCCGGCAAAGAGCCUCGGACGGCAGAACCACCCCCAGGACGUUCAGUCAGAUUUGUCAGGGGUGCUACGGGUCUUCCAAGUGGCACUGGAAUAUCGACGUCCCAGGCGUCAUCCUCCUUCCCGACUCACAAUACAUCCGCCUCUGCUUCUAUCUCCACCAAGCCCACCAGCCUAGCGUCCGCCGGAACUUCGCUUCCUCCGCAAAAAUCACUCUCAACGUCCUCAUCUGCAACCAGCUUCGCCCACUAUUCAAACAGCUCUUCGCCUAUCAUUGCGUCAAGCUCCGGCACCACCAUCGAGAGUACUGCCUCAGUCACUCUUACAUCGAUCACGGUCACCAGUACUGUCACAGUUGUCAAUCUCAACGGAUCACCCCUUCCACUUGACCGGCCGGUUGUCACCUACGCCCCGCGAGGAGGAUCCCCCAUCACCAUCUCGUCAGGAUCCGUCGUACUGGGAUCUACGACUAUUGCUGUUCCAACAAAACCAACAACGCUGACCGCUGACGGCACUCCGAUCACCUUUGGUAGCCUGAGUACCACCCAGCAAGUUGUCACCUCAGUAAAACAGCCGCCGAAGACCACGAAGCAGGAGAACCAAGAAAGCUCUACCCAGACAUCCACGGCUGUACUUACAUCCGCCAUGCCUCCCUCUGAGACUUCCUACAUGGGCGAGGGGAACUCCCCCUUUGACCAUACGUGGGUCCCACUUCCGGUCGUCGUGAAGCUGGAUGGGAUCGAGUUUUAUCCCCCAACCGAACACGAAAAACCAGUUGAGAUCUUUCUCAAGGACGGAAGCACCGCAACCCUUUCAUACAAGUCCCUGAAGAUCGCGGGCAAGACGGUCCACAUACCUCAGAAAGUUUCAUCUACAAGUGUCAUUGAUGGUGUAGAGUUUUCACAACGCUCUUUCGACUCUCCCGAAGGUAGCCCUGGUGGCGGUGGUGGUACCGCAGCCGGGGGCAGCGCUGGUGCAUUUGGUGCUAUGAAGGGGAUCUUUGAAGGGCUUUCCGGAUCUGCAGGUCCAUUGGCUGAUGCCGUGGCCGGCUUCAGUGGCAAGGCCAUGCGCCUGGCUCUCAACGCACCUGGCGGGCCCCUAUCCGGCACACAGUUUGGCGAAGUGAUUGAGCUGGCAGAUCUUACCCAAGAUGCCAUUAACCUUGCGAAGCAGACAUCUCAGUUCCAAAAUCAAGUGGAGUCUGCCCGAAUGGAUCAAGGAAAUCAGCCAGAUGUCUUUCGAUCCAUCAAUGGAAAGUUCUUUUCGGCUUACGCCCAUUCACGCAGGUUUGCAACUUGGUUAUCGUCGACUGCCAAUAUGCUCCAGAACCUUCCCAAUAUUCCCACGGAGCUGCACGCGACAAUCAUGGAAAGGUUCGGAGACUUGUCGAUUCUUGGGAUGGCAGCCUUGAGCUUCGCAGCUGACGCCUACGAUGCCUACGCUGUUCUCAGCGCCGUCAACUGGGCCGAUGUAGAUGACAUGUUUGGCGGAAACCCCCAAGAGCCGCCCAACUCGACAACUGUAUCUCAACCAACCUCCACGACUAUCUUUGCCGAUCCCCCAAGCAAGUCUGGUACGCCGAAGAAGAAGGCUUCAUGGCCACCAAUUCCUCGAGGACCCACUGACAUGUUCAUGAUCACCGCCAAACGCGGUAAGGUCAGCACUUCUGUCUUCAAGAAGUUCACCAAGUACCUUGACAACGACGCUGGAAGUACUCUUGGUGCCGAGGAAUGGCUGCCGACUGAGAUGGCGUGGCCUGUAUACACUACCAACUUGACUGUGCUCAAAGCUGCAGGUAUCGCUCAGAUUCCCUGGGUGAGAAGUGUCACUCCUGAUAUUCCUUUCGACGUCCAGGAGUAUGAGAAGGUUUCCGCCACAAAGACUCCCGAUUUCACGACCCCGAUCACGACGUCCGGCAGCACUUCUACCCGGAGCCCACUACACAAGCGGCGCCCUGCGCCUCCUGAUGUCAGACCCAACAGCCCGGCGCAUCUCAGGAUGAUUUCAGGAGACUCCAGACAAGACUACCGGUAUCAUUCUUCACUCGGCCGAGGCGUUACCAUCUUCAUCAUUGACACUGGUUUCAACUUGGGUCACGAGGAACUCGCUCCUGGCUCAAGAAAAGUCAAGGACUACUACGUCAAAAAUGAGAACGCUGUCGAUUUGUCCAAGGUUGCACUCGACAAGCUCGCACCGGAUAACUCGGAGGACUACUUUCACGAUGGCCAGCGCAGGAUAGGACACGGUACUUCCGUAGCUUGCGUUGCUGGAGGCACCACCUUAGGCGUGGCAUCGAAUGCUGAUCUGUACCUCAUCAAGUGGAAGGCGGCACAGAAACGAAACAACGGCAGCUACGGGCCAAUCCAGAGCCGACGGGUGGCACUCAUUGAUGCUUUCAACCACAUUCGAGCUCAGAUUCUGCGCGCGAACCCUUCGCUUAAGGGCAAGGCGGUUGUGAAUGUCUCUUUCGGUAUCAAAAGAGACAUCGCCCUUUUCGAUGACAUCCAGGCCGACUUUGAGGCGUUCAUCGAAGACCUGGAGGAACUGGGUGGUGUCUUCGUCAUGGCUGCCGGGAACGCUGCUCAAUCCCCGUCCCCAGACAGACUAGGGGACCAUCUUCCGCAACUUCUUGGGACACAAGCCAACUCACUCAUUACUGUGGGAGGAGUCCAUGCUGAUGGCUCACUGCAAGCGACCUCUGAGCCAGAAGGGAAGAUGAAAAGCGACCCGCCGAUGCAGGAUGGCAGCCCUCACCCCAAUGCGAAUCGUCGUGGAAGCGUCACAAUCUACGCACAAGCCGAAGAUGUGACAGGCUGUAUCGGUGAUCCAGAUGAUACCAGAAGCACUGUCAAGAUGACAGGGAACAGCUUUGCUGCUCCGGCAGUGGCCGGCUUGGCAGCCUACCUCUUGGCACAUCCCGAUUUCAGUGACGUUUUUGAGUACAAGGAAAAGUCACAACGAGAGCCAGACUAUCGCAGUGUUGGGCUCCAGAUGAAGCAGGUUAUCGAAGCGUUUGCCUCUUUCCAAUGGGUACCGCAAGACGCGGUGUUCAAUCGCUUCAGAGAGUAUGAACGGGAGGAAUAUGAGCUUCCCAAGCGCGUCCGGAUUGCAUACAACAUGGUUGAUGGUCCGAAACGCGACGUAGAUGCAGCGACUCAGCCAGCCGAUCCCAAUCGACAGAGGCUGCGCGAGAGAUAUCAUCGUUUCUUGGACCGCCUGCAGCAAUGCAACCCCAUGAAGGUCAAGCGAGACGGCACUACAACUGAGAUCGAUUUCUGUUCUGCCACAGAUACCUUCACCCGCGUGUCAACGACAGUGCUUCCCACAUCCAUGGCAUCGACGUCAACUGGCGAUGCGACGCUAACGUUCAAGCCUACCACAUUGACCGGAAGCACCUCAACGACAGCGACUACUAGCCCAGUUUUGACCUGCAACGAAGACAGUGAGUGUGACGGUCUCACCUGCAAGUCAACGGAAGCCAAGUGCAAGGCAAAGUCGGCGGUAGCCGUGCCUAUCCAAAUCAAACAAUGCGAAUGUGUUGAUCCGAAAGAGGAGGACAAGGUUCCCGCCGUUUGCACCGUCGACGAAGACUGUAAGGCCCUGAUCUGCGAUGGUUCUAAGAAGAAGUCCUGCGUGACGAUCAUUCCUAUGGGUUCAUUCGCCAUCCGGCAAUGCAAGUGCACCGAUCCCAAGCCUACUACCACAUCGGUGGUCAAACCAACCACGGUUGCGCCCAAGCCGCCCUCGACCACCGUCAAAGCCCCGACUGCAACAUCUCCAGCGCCUAUGGAGUGCAACAUUGACCAGGCGGUCAACUCGUGUUCUGGCUACAAGAACUGCAAGGAAACCGAGCGUGGAAUCUGCAAGGAGCAGAGGACUGCUUCUGGCAAAGAAUACUACUGCGAGUGCGAGGAGACCCCCCCGACAGCUCCAGACCUCGACCCUGGUUGCUCCCGGCCACAAGGGCCUUGCGAAUGA